GAGAGGGAGGGCACGCUCCCGAAAAGAAUCCCGCGCGGACGAAUCGAACACGCGCGCGCACACACACACAAACACAGAAGCUGCUGUCAGACUGCGUCGUGACGUGAGCGCGGCGGCUGGAGCGGCGAAAGCGGCAGCGGCAGAGAGGCGGCGGGGCGAUGCGGCAGCUGUGACGUCAGAACCGCCGGCGCUGUGAGUAGUUCUCAGAAUCGACUUCUAGGAAACGGUAAAUUUUAAAAGCCAAGCCUUUAGCCUCUGUCCUUCACAAAUUUCAAUCCCGUCCCUGUGACAACACACUCCGAACCGCUGCUGCUGCUGGACCGACAUUUUUUCCGGGAGAAACUCGGUUGUAAUUCUUCAACCUGCGUCUCGUCGCACAGGGAAGUGGCUUUUUUUUCUCCACCACCACGAUUAAUGACAGCAACAUAUCCUGGUUGGCUCCGUGUUCGCCGCGUCGCUCUCAGCCUACACCUUUUCAUGUAAAACCGACACUACUGGUUUGAUUAAAAAGAAAACCAAAAGACAAAGUGCGUUUAUUCUCUGAAGAGGACAAGACCAAAUCGGAUUUAUUUAUUUUUUUUACCCCUGAGGACUUUAUAGCAUGAUUCUUUGUGAACGAGGUCCCAGGACUCUUCUUCCUGCUGCUCCAUCGACUCAAGCCCCGUGGGGCAUGCGGGAGGGAACAGCAACCCCUGCCCCAUGCUUUCAGAGCGCGCCUCCAAAAUGGGACCCCACCAAGGACCUGCGGGCGAUUGCCAGCAACUUCUGCUAUCUAGAAAAUUCAGGAUGGUACUGGGGGGCGAUAACUGCAGCCCAGGCCCACGCUGCCCUUCAGGAAGCCCCAGAGGGAGCCUUCCUGGUACGAGACAGCAGCCACCCUCUCUACAUGCUGACCCUGUCGGUCAGGACGGCGCGGGGACCCACGAGCAUACGCAUUCAGUACAGCGGCGCCCAGUUCCUGUUGGACUCCAGCUCCGGGGCCCGGGCCAGUCUCUCGUCCUUCCCCAACGUGCCCAGCCUGGUGCAGCACUACAUGGGCGCCGAGAGGAAAGCGGAGGAGAAGACGGCGGAGGAGCGGGCGGCCGAGGCGAAACCCUCCGAGCUGUCGGCUCAGGAGACGUCGGUGGUGCUGAAGCUGAAGCGGGCCGUGUACAAGCCCCAGAGCCUGCCCUGUUUGCAGCACCUCACGCGCCUCGUCAUCAACAGACACACGGACUGCGCCGACAAGCUGCCACUCCCCAAGCCUCUGCUGCGCUACAUACAGGACUAUCCCUUCAAGGUAUGAGGAGGAGCGGACGCUGGGGGUUUGUUAUACAGACUCCGUUUAUUCUGAGAGGAAGAAAAAGACCGUCAGACAACAGGUAAAUUGUGCCUGAGUAAAUUCAAUGAAGACUGACGUGUCUGUUUAGGACUUAAACCCUUCAAGGACUGAGCUUGAGGAGGAAGGGGGGGUGCAACACACCCCACAAAGGACGGUACUGUAAUCUCCUUAAAUAUGGACGUGGACUUUGUCUGGAUGUACAUACUGUUCGUGAGAAAUGACACUGAUUUCACCGAGGCAUCUUUUAUGGCGUUUUAUUUUUGUCAACAAAGCAUUUUUGUACUUUUUACUUGUGUACAUUUUUGUUUUUUUUUUCUAUUAAAACUGGAAAUUACAAUCCUCUGA